CCCUCCCUUGACACUAGUGGGGACGCGCCGUCCACUCCAGUUGGCCGCUCGGGCGCUGGCCGGGUCCCCCAAAUCCUUAGAGAGUGUAUAGAACACCUUCCGUGGACUUCGACAAGGGGUUCGCACUGAAAGUGGGUCAGGACGAAGACCAGAACCACACUCUGCCACCACUUCGUUCAACCACUGAGGCGACCCCAAAGGUUUGCCAACUUCGUGACCCGGCCAUUGGCGGGGUCACCCGAAGCGGUGGAAGCUGCUCAGAGAGGGGAGAACUGCGACCCGGGUGAAGGAGUCCCGCCAGAAGGAUUCUGUCUAUUGCAAUAGGGACCGAGAGCGGCGCCAAACGACACCCCCUCAGCGGCCACUGCCCCGGCGGCAGCAGCUGCAGCAGCGGCAACUGCGCGCAUCCCGGCCCCGGCUCGGGUUACUCCCCUCCUCCUCCUCCAGCAUCUCGGGCCAGACAGGGAAGACCUUGUUCAAGUUUGUCGCGAGUACUUUCUCCGGUGCGAAAAACACAGUGUCUGGAAACACUUUGCGACCUACCUCUUUCCCGCGCCUCCCACCUCUGCGCCUAAGCGAAGACUCCCAAGUAUUGCUUUCUUCUGGGACACUGCUUGGAGGUUAACUGCGCGGGUUUGGAACAGAUUUUGUAUCUUGGCUGGCGUUGAGCGAAGGCCGUGGGGGAAAAGGUUGCGCUGAGAAUCUCAAGAUCUUGGGACUUGGGUUGUUCUUCAGGAAAAAAAUGAUUAUUUCUUUGAAUUCAUGCCUGAGCCUUGUCUGUUUACUGCUGUGCCACUGGAUUAAGACAGCAUUGCCUCUGAAUCUUGAAGACCCUAAUGUGUGCAGCCAUUGGGAAAGCUAUUCAGUAACUGUGCAAGAGUCAUACCCGCAUCCCUUUGAUCAGAUUUACUACACCAGCUGCACUGACAUCCUAAACUGGUUUAAAUGCACACGGCACAGAAUCAGUUAUCGGACUGCCUAUCGACAUGGGGAAAAAACUAUGUAUAGGCGCAAAUCCCAGUGUUGUCCUGGAUUUUAUGAAAGCAGGGACAUGUGUGUCCCUCACUGUGCUGAUAAAUGUGUCCAUGGGCGCUGCAUUGCUCCAAACACCUGUCAGUGCGAGCCUGGCUGGGGUGGGACCAACUGCUCCAGUGCCUGUGAUGGUGAUCACUGGGGGCCUCACUGCAGCAGCCGGUGCCAGUGCAAAAAUAAGGCUCUGUGCAACCCCAUCACAGGGGCCUGCCACUGUGCUGCAGGAUUCCGGGGCUGGCGCUGUGAGGACCGCUGCGAGCAGGGCACCUAUGGUAACGAUUGUCACCAGAAAUGUCAGUGCCAGAAUGGAGCUACCUGCGAUCAUGUCACAGGGGAAUGCCGUUGCUCACCAGGAUACACUGGAGCCUUCUGUGAAGAUCUCUGUCCUCCUGGCAAACAUGGCCCACAGUGUGAGCAGAGAUGCCCCUGUCAAAAUGGAGGAGUGUGCCAUCACGUCACUGGAGAAUGCUCUUGCCCUUCUGGCUGGAUGGGCACAGUGUGUGGUCAGCCUUGCCCUGAGGGUCGCUUUGGAAAGAACUGCUCCCAAGAAUGUCAGUGCCACAACGGAGGGACAUGUGAUGCUGCCACAGGCCAAUGUCAUUGCAGUCCAGGAUACACAGGGGAACGGUGUCAGGACGAGUGUCCUGUUGGAACCUAUGGGGUUCGCUGUGCUGAGACCUGCCGGUGUGUCAAUGGAGGGAAGUGUUACCAUGUGAGUGGCGCAUGCCUCUGUGAAGCCGGCUUUGCUGGUGAGCUCUGUGAGGCUCGCCUGUGUCCAGACGGGCUCUAUGGCAUUAAAUGUGACAAGCGAUGUCCCUGCCAUCUGGACAACACUCACAGCUGUCACCCCAUGUCUGGAGAGUGUGCCUGCAAGCCGGGCUGGUCGGGACUCUACUGUAAUGAGACAUGCUCUCCUGGAUUCUACGGGGAAGCUUGCCAACAAAUCUGCAGCUGCCAAAAUGGGGCUGACUGUGACAGUGUGACUGGAAAGUGCACCUGUGCCCCAGGAUUCAAAGGAAGUGACUGCUCCACCCCAUGCCGGCAGGGCACCUAUGGGAUAAACUGUUCCUCUCGCUGUGGCUGUAAAAACGAUGCUGUCUGUUCUCCUGUAGAUGGGUCUUGUACUUGCAAGGCAGGCUGGCACGGGGUGGACUGCUCCAUCAGCUGCCCCAGUGGCACCUGGGGCUAUGGCUGUAACUUAACAUGCCAGUGUCUCAACGGGGGAGCCUGCAACACCCUGGAUGGGACCUGCACGUGUGCACCUGGAUGGCAUGGGGAGAAAUGUGAACUCCCCUGUCAGGAUGGUACGUAUGGGCUCAACUGUGCUGAGCGCUGUGACUGCAGCCAUGCAGAUGGCUGCCACCCCACCACGGGACAUUGCCGUUGCCUCCCUGGAUGGUCAGGUGUACACUGUGAUAGCGUGUGUGCUGAGGGACGCUGGGGUCCCAACUGCUCCCUGCCUUGCUACUGUAAAAACGGGGCUUCGUGCUCCCCAGAUGACGGCAUCUGUGAGUGUGCGCCAGGAUUCCGAGGUACCACUUGUCAGCGAAUCUGCUCCCCUGGUUUUUACGGGCAUCGCUGCAGCCAGACAUGUCCCCAGUGUGUCCACAGUAGCGGGCCAUGCCACCACAUCACAGGCCUCUGUGACUGUUUGCCUGGCUUCACGGGUGCCCUCUGCAAUGAAGUGUGUCCCAGUGGCAGAUUUGGGAAGAAUUGUGCAGGGAUUUGUACUUGCACCAACAACGGUACCUGCAACCCCAUUGACAGGUCUUGUCAGUGCUACCCAGGUUGGAUUGGCAGUGAUUGCUCUCAACCAUGUCCACCUGCCCACUGGGGCCCAAACUGCAUCCACACUUGCAACUGCCACAACGGGGCUUUCUGCAGUGCCUAUGAUGGGGAAUGUAAAUGCACUCCUGGCUGGACAGGACUCUACUGCACUCAGAGAUGUCCUCUGGGGUUUUAUGGCAAGGACUGUGCAAUGAUAUGCCAGUGUCAAAAUGGAGCCGACUGCGACCACAUCUCUGGACAGUGUACCUGCCGCACGGGAUUCAUGGGGAGGCACUGUGAGCAGAAGUGCCCUGCAGGAACCUAUGGCUAUGGCUGUCGCCAGAUAUGUGACUGUAUGAACAACUCCACCUGCGACCACAUCACUGGGACCUGUUACUGCAGCCCAGGAUGGAAAGGGGCACGAUGUGAUCAAGCUGGUGUUAUAAUCGUUGGGAAUUUGAACAGUCUAAGCCGAACCAGCACUGCCCUCCCUGCUGAUUCCUACCAGAUCGGGGCCAUCGCGGGCAUCAUCAUUCUUGUCCUCGUUGUUCUCUUCCUACUGGCGUUGUUCAUUAUUUAUAGACACAAGCAGAAGGGGAAGGAGUCAAGCAUGCCAGCGGUGACCUACACUCCUGCCAUGCGGGUCAUCAAUGCAGACUACACCAUUUCAGAAACCCUGCCCCACAGCAACGGUGGAAAUCCCAACAGCCACUACUUCACCAAUCCUAGUUACCAUACCCUUACCCAGUGUGCCACAUCCCCUCAUGUCAACAACAGGGACAGGAUGACCAUUGCCAAGUCAAAAAACAAUCAGUUGUUUGUGAAUCUUAAAAACGUGAAUCCUGGGAAGAGAGGCCCUGUGGUGGACUGCACAGGGACCCUGCCCGCAGACUGGAAACACGGUGGCUACCUCAACGAGCUCGGUGCUUUUGGACUUGACAGAAGCUAUAUGGGAAAAUCCUUAAAAGAUCUGGGAAAGAAUUCUGAAUAUAAUUCAAGUAACUGCUCCUUAAGCAGUUCUGAAAACCCUUAUGCCACUAUUAAAGACCCACCUGUACUUCUCCCUAAAAACUCCGAGUGUGGUUAUGUGGAGAUGAAGUCACCAGCACGAAGAGAUUCCCCUUAUGCAGAGAUCAAUAACUCAACUUCAGCCAAUAAGAAUGUCUAUGAAGUUGAACCCACAGUGAGUGUUGUCCAAGGAAUAUUCAGCAAUAAUGGGCAUCUCACCCAGGAUCCAUAUGACCUCCCAAAGAACAGUCACAUCCCUUGCCAUUAUGACCUGCUACCAGUCCGGGACAGUUCAUCUUCUCCCAAGCGAGAGGACAGUGGCAGCAGCAGCAGCAGCAGCAGCAGCAGCAGCAGCAGUGAAUGACACCACAGGACCACUGAACAACUGCUGGAACCCUUUCCAGAACUGCAGUUCAGUUCUCCAUCCUCGAGUUUGCCGCCUUUGGUGCAUGUUAAUGAACUUGGUAGGCAGUUGUUGGACAUGAACCAGAAAGCUCAAGCUGAGGCUGAUACGGAUCGUAGGUACUUUCUGUACAGGUGACUUGGAAGGAGAUAGUGACAUGAUUAGAACUGCCAUUAGUUUUAGAACUGCACUCACGAGGUAUGGAUUAUUGUAAGGCAUUGGCUAAAAGCAUGAACUUACAGAACUCCUUUGACACAUGGGUUGCAAUGGACACUGGUAUUAUUGCUUGGAAAUUUUAAAUAUGUUUUCUCAUUUGCAUUAUAGAACGGUACCUAGGAUUGUGCAGUUUAUCAUUAAUUUACUUCAGAAAAGUGGGAAUCACUAAACAUACAGAAGACAAGGGGCAUAUGAUUGAGUCUUAUUGCUUAUUUCUUUUCUGCUGGACUCAGAAUUGUAGGGAUUGUAUGAAUGGAGUAGGAAAGCUCUGUCAUGUGGCAGGACUGUAUACACUUUGAACACUAGAAGAGGAUAGCAAAUGUAAGUAUGAAAGCUUUAGCUUUUUUGGAAUGAGAAUUAUUUUAGAAAUAGUAGAAGUAUUGACAGAAGUCAACACACAGAUAUUCCAGGUGGAGGUGGUCUGUUUGACCCUUGACCCAUUUUAGAUCCAUGACAUUAUUCUGAUCACUCUUCCCAUCACACAUAGUCACCACCUGGCAUUCAUAACAUAUCAGUAAUUAUUUCAUAAACAUAGGAAUAAAAUAAUUUUAUUUUUGACAGACUGGAUUGAAUGAGUGUGUAAUGAUUGGUAAAGGUUGUAAAUUUUAAGUGUAAGAAGAUGCUUAAGUUUUAUAAACCAUUAGUAAUACGUGCUGUAACAUAGAAUUAGCAGAAAGUUUUGAUUAAUUUUUCCCCAGAAGUGACCGAAUAUUUUUGUGCAUAUUUGAAAAACGGGCACUUUCCUUUUAUUAAUUUUUGAUUUAGAUAAACUAUGCUUAAGCUGGUCUUUUGCAUUGCUAAUGUGAUAUGUACCCCAUUUUUCAUUAAUUUUGUAUUUUCAUUAAGUUGUAUAUUCCAUGUUUUGUAGUGUUUGGAUUGUUAAUGAAAAAAAUAUUAUAUGUUCAUUGUUUUUUGUAUCAUUGCCAUUCAUCUUUUGCUUGAUAAAGUGUAUUGCUUUUUUCUUUUGGAGAAAGGAAAUGAGAAUAUAUCAUUUCAAUCUAUUAAAACUGGUCAUUACUAAAAGUAUAGUAAACUUAGGUGAAUGGUUUUUAAUGGAAAUAGAGAAGAUUUUAAAUAUUACAAAUGGAGUUCCUUUUGAUCGGUUGGUUCUCUGAGUCUUAGUUAAACCAGGGGGAAGGGGAGCAGUGAAUACUACAGACUAGUCUUACUAAAGACCUCCAUUGUGGUCAUCAUAUAAUUUACCAUCCAAAAUGGGACACUUGAGAGUAGAUUAAGGCAUUAUUAGAAAUGCUUCUGUAUUAGGCUUAAAUCUGAACUGUUCCAGGCAAACCAGAAUAGAUGUUCAUCUUGUGCAAAAUUACUCAGUAACACUUUUUACUCCAAGGUAGUUGUCUUGUAAGAGUGCCUAUAUGAUGCAGGAAGUCCAGUUUCUCUUUCAUUAACCUAUAGGAGUAAGUAGAUGGGAUGAAAGGCUGAAUGAGGAAGCAACUUCAUAAGAGGAAUUCAGUGGUCUUCAAUCCUUUAAGACAUGACACUCUGUCUAAGUCACUUGAUUAUUAUAUGUUAUGCACCCCUUCCACCAGUAGUGUCCUUAGGCAUUGUCCCUGACAGUUUUGGAGUUGGAAUAUCAGCUAUUGCACGCCACACACCUGCGUCUGGGAUGGUAGUUUGGUCAGAUGGAUAACACAACAAGCACACGUAGGACACUUUCUCCUUUGAUUGCUGUUUCCUUUAAGGAACCCUGAAGUUAAUUCAUGGAAAUAAGAAAUUGCCUGGAAAAUGACUUAGAAACUAUUUGUUCCAAUUGUUUACCACUGGCUGAUCUUUGACUCUGGGGAUAGGCAUCGAAUCAAAACACGUGUAGGUUAAUAGCCACAAGGAAUCCUUUUUGCUAAAUAAAAAAAAUAAUAAUAAUAAGAUAUUUCCCCCCUUCUUUUUCUUAAGGAUUGUCUCUUCAGAGUUGUAAAUUUUAGUUUCCCCAUUAUUCCCUAGAGAUAGGUAAAACAAAACCCUACUUCUUUUCUCAUCCCACUACUAAGAAAGGAAAGCUUCAUGUGCAAAGGUAAUAGCAACUUACAUAGAGACUGGACAACAGGUGUGUACUCUAAACGCUGCGUGGUGCCUGAAGUGUUGUGCUGCAGCAAUUCUCAUUCAUCAGAAUUCACUCAGAAAUUUUCAAACAUCAGAACACAUUAGCACUUUGGAUAUUACAAAACUAUAUAUUAUAUUUGGAGUGGUUGAGAAGUAAAAUUUCUAGAUAUUUUGUUAUAAUUUCUCUCCUAUAUUCUGUGGCAGUCAAAGCACUGAGACAGUUUGGAGAUACUUUGCAAAGGCCAACCAUAUAAGAAUGUGAGCCAAAGUAUUAUUCUUUCCCUAGAAGUUGAUAUCUCAGACAAUUUGUAAAUUAUUUAUGUGUAUGUAUAAAUACAUAAAAACUUUCCCAAAUGAUAACUCAUAUGCUUUCUUUAAUAAGGAAAAUAUGUUAUUUGUGGUUAAUUUUAUGACGAUAAGGAAAAUCUCACAUUUAUUUAUAGUGUUUGAUAUCAAUUCCUCUCUCAUGACAUAGUAGUAAUGUUAACAAGAGUUUAAUGUGUUUAGCAUUUUCUUUAUGAUACCUAUAUUCACCAAUUUUAAGCAAACCAACCAUAUGCUUUUAUAAUAGAGUAGUAUAACCUGUCUCCACUAAAUUCCUGAGUGGUAUGUAUGUUGUGAGAAAUGCAAACAACUUGAUGAAAAUGUGGUCAUUUGACCUCAAUAUAGACAUUUGACCUCAAUGACACAGGAGUAGUCCGUUCUUGGGAUUUUUUUAAACUUAAACAUUCAAAAAGUUGAACAAGAGUAUUACAACUCCUUUUAUAAUUCCUAUAUAUUACAAGUCACUUACAAGACAAAAUAAUUUUAAAAGUUGUAUUUUCGGUUUGUGUUAUUUAAAAUAGCAAAAUUUCAAUCUCUGGGUAAUGUGUCUAUUAUUCAAAGUAAAUAUUGAAGAGAUAUUUUGCUCAUAAAGGCUCUAUGUCAUGGAAGUGUACAUAGAUAUACAAGUAUGAAUCACAAGGUGUGAUGGACGCCUGUUUAUUAACUGAAGAUGAACAGCAAGCUACCCAUUUAGAGUCUCCUUGUUAUUGGUAUCUUGACACUGAGUCUACUUACUCUAGUUCUAUAUUUAGUCUAGGCUUCAUUUUGAUAUGACCAAAUUACAGUAUGUAUUUUUAAAAGGAAAAAAAAACAAAACAAAAAUACAUUAGAAUUUACUUAAUAACAGCAAACAAAAUGCUUUCAGUAUUGAAAUAUCUCUAUUUUCCAAAGAUGGUAAACUUUCAUCAGAAUUAGUUUACAUCAUCAUUUA